GAGAAGCCGCGAUGAAGGAUGAGGAUGAUCUCGCGAUACAUGCGGAAGCCGGUGCCCCCCGACGCCCUGGAGAUCCAUGGACUUGCAAAACAUGCUUUAGAGCAUCAUCCCCUGCCAGAGCCACUAGAUGACAUUUACACAGCUACUCCGGCCACUGAAAGCUAUGAAGAAUUCUUGAGGGAGUCUGAAACCUUGAAGGAAUCAAAUUACCCAGAUAUUACUGCAGCUGACAAGGGGAGCUCAUGGUCUGCUAGUCAGAGUUACACAGGCACCUCCACUGAAGACAGCUCAGUCUUCUCUUGGGGCUACGAUGAAUUUGAUAAAGCUGCCACACGACAAGUUCAGCAGAUGUUCAGACACAUUGAUGAGCUUUUAUAUGAACAGAAAGAAAGUGUGCAUGUUGAGGGUCUGCAAGAAGAAUGCCAACAAUGGACAUCUAGCUUUCCUCAUCUCAGGAUUUUGGGGAAGCAGGUAGUAAUCCCCACAGAUGAAGGUUUUGGGUGGUAUUCAAGUUCACCUUCUAGCAGCUUAGGUUCAUUGGAUGUCAGCCCAGUACAAGAAAGAGAUUAUAGUGAGUUUAGUAUUUUGGGCAAGAAGAUACCUCUCUGUGUUACUCCCGUUCAUAAAGAUGUUGACUUUUCAAAACCUCCUACUGUUUGCUCUGUGGAGAGUGAAGAUGGAGUAAUUGUCUCUGAAGGAAUAAUGGAGGAAUAUUUAGCAUUUGACUGCAGAGAUGUGGAGGAAGAGUUGCAUGAAAGGAAAAUGGGACUCUCAUCUGACAGACAGAAAUUAGGUUUCCCUCCUAUAUCUCCAUGUUACUGCAUGAAGGAUGCUGUGCUCACAUAUGUGUUUGAUGAUGUGUGGAGUGAAGUCCUGGGAUCUGUAGAGGAGUUAAUCUGCCGGCACUGGGAAGGAUCAGUCUCCGAUGAUGAAAAAAAAGUCAUAACUGUAGAAACAAUGAGAAUGGAUCCUGGAAGCCCUUUUCUGCAGUUUGAACCUCUGCCAUUGGUGUUACCUCGAGUGCCACAAGCUAAAAUGCCCUCCAUCACCUCAAAUUUGUGCCCACAACCCAGAUGUAGCCGCAAAACCAAAAAGAGGAGAAAAUCACCUCAAAUAAAUGUCUCUCAAGGAUCAAGUGGUGGCCCUCAACAAAAUCUGAAUGGUUUGAUGGUGAUACAUGGGAUCCACUUACAGCAAAGGAAUCUGCCUCUAAUAGACAAAAUAUUAGAUCUGGAUGACAAAUCACUAUUGAGGCCAGGCUCCAGUUCCAUCCUCUCAACAAGAACUCGACCAAAUCGCACUCUAGAGCUCAGUACGUCUUCUCUGUCAUAUUCUGCUCAUUCUGCUAGAAGACGCAACCCACCACCACGCACCCUGCAUCCCAUCAACACUAACCACUCUCGUUCUGGGACACCAAGAUCCAUGGAUGAAGUCAUCAGGGGAACACGACUUCCUACUGCACAUGACCAGCUGUUGUCACCGUCCUUAAUGCCCUUGAGCCGAAAUAAUCUUCUGCCACCUAUUAGUACUGCUGACGUGGUGGAACACUUGAACACCGUGAGAUCCCAAAGACAAACGGAAGCCCGAGGGAAUUCCAGUCGAGCUCAGAGUGCAAUGGAAGAUGAGAUUAACCAUCAGCAGCCACAGGAGAGGCUUUUCUUACCUGAUCAUUUCUCCAGGCCUAAUACAACACAUGCAUUUUGGCCCGAUCCACAUUAUCGCCGUUCUUGCACAGUUAUUGAUUAUGCUAAUCAACCCCGGACCAGUAGAGGAUCAGCAGGCACAGUAGGUCUUCAGCUACAUGGUUCUGUAAGAGCUCACAGCAGAGGUGGAUCAGUUACAAGAAGCAGACAAGGACUAUAAUGAGUAACGAACUCUCACCAUGAUGCAGUGAGCACAUCUGGACGCUCAUGAAACAGUGUUGAAUCUCAGCAAUAUCAAACUUGUUUACAGAAGAAUUUAAGAACAUCUUCAUGAAGGAUCUUAUUUUUGUAUGUUGUAUUUUAAAAAAAGCAGCUGCCAAAGACUAUAGAGUACUCAGCACAUUUCAGUUUUCUUCCUGUAGACCAGGUUUUGCUAUUCUGGUGAACACUAAAGCUUG